UAUGUUCCAUCACUUUCUGCCACACGCAGCACGCACAGUGCAAAAGUUAGCGCAUCGCUUUCUUGGCAGCCAACUCCAACCGGUCAUCGAGUUGGUCAGUUCAAACCGGGAAAUAAGAGAGUGUAGAUUGGAGUUGAAGCAAGAAAAUACGGUACGUGUAGUUAUCAGUGACGUGUAAAUAAUUCUCUCGCUGCAUGGAUCACGCUAAAAGCCGGGGGCGAAGGCCCACUACUGCUUCUAUUGUUGUCAAAAGACAAGGAGAAACAAAGUCCUACAAAGUUCACAUUGCGUUGGGAUUGUUCCUAGUGAUGCUGUGGCUUUCGUUUCCUACGCUCUGCGAUGGCCAUGGGCAUUUUGAUGAUCAUGACCACCAUGAUCAUCAUCAUCACCAUCAUGAUGAGAAUCCCAGCUUUAAGUAUUCGAAACAAGCUAAUGAAAUGUAUCAAGAAGAUCAUGUUCAUCAUGAACAGCACCAAAACGGUCACGGGCAUCACCACGAUCACAGUCACGGACAUCAUACAUUACCAGAUGGGGAUAAACAAAAAGCUAAGGUUGCACCUGACACUUUCUACAUUUGGGUUCAUUCGUUGACAUCCACCCUGUUGAUUAGCGCCGCCCCUUUCUUCAUCUUGUUCGCAAUUCCGUUGGAAAAUACGGAAGAAAUGCAACCCCGACUGAAGACACUGCUAGCUUUCGCAUCCGGUGGACUGUUGGGAGAUGCUUUUUUGCAUCUGAUUCCACAUGCCAUUUCACCGCACAGUCACCAUGGAGAGGAUGAACAUGGUCACGGUCACAGUCAUGGCCAUCAUGAUCAUCACCAUGGUCACGGAGAAGGAGACCACGAUGGGCACGGUCACGAUAUGCGUGUAGGGCUCUGGGUGUUGGCCGGCAUUAUAGCUUUCCUUGCAGUUGAAAAAGGUGUUCGGUUGAUCAAGAGGGAUGCCGCCGGUGGCGGCCAUGGACAUAGUCACGGUGGUGGAGCUCCAAAAAAGGCAAAGGCUUCUCCUCCAGCUUCCCCUUCGAAGAAGAAAGGCAACAAAGGCGCUGAGCCAGGCGGUAACAAAAAGAAGGAGGAAGCCGAAAUUGCUAAAGCCAAGGGAAAGGCCACGAAAAAGGAACCAAAGAAGAAUCAAAUUCAAAUUGCUGGUUAUUUGAAUCUGGCCGCUGACUUUACUCACAAUUUCACGGAUGGUCUAGCCAUUGGCGCUUCGUAUCUGGCUGGUAACAGCAUCGGUAUUGUGACUACGAUCACAAUUCUACUGCAUGAAGUUCCUCACGAAAUCGGAGAUUUCGCAAUCCUCGUCAAAUCUGGAUGUUCGAAAAAGAAAGCGAUGUUGCUGCAGCUGACGACCGCCGUGGGUGCGUUGGCCGGAACCGUGCUGGCUCUGCUGGGAAGUGGUAGCGAUGCAGCCGAAUCUUGGGUCCUUCCCUUUACGGCCGGUGGUUUUAUCUACAUUGCAACCGUCUCGGUAAUCCCGGAGCUGCUCGAGGGUUCCACCAAACUGUGGCAAUCGCUGAAAGAGAUUACCGCCCUGCUGGCCGGCGUCGGGAUGAUGGUAAUUAUAGCUAAGUUUGAAUAGUAGGUGGUUCGUAGUUGUGUUCCUUUCUGUCGUUAUUGUUUCAUUCUACUCCUACCCUUGGAUCUAACUACUCAUGUUUGAGCCGAGCAUUGCCCAUGAUACGUGAUCGAAUUGGUUCAAUAGUUCAGAAGUAAUACACAAUUGCUUAAAACAGUUAUUUAUCUAAUUCUCAAACAGUCGGUAAUAAAAAGCAAUACGAUUAUAUCCUUAUCGAACUGUAAUGUUUUGGUUUGAAUUCACUUUCGAUGACAUUAUCAUGGGUUGAAAAGCGCAGCUCAAACGUGUGGUACUGAUUGAUCUUUCGUUUGUGUUAUCUUCUAUGGUAAACAUUGUCGCGACCAGUUGGGGAGGGAUUGCUUUAUUGAACUAGCACUAUCAGCUGCAUGAUGGAAGCCGUUGGUCAACCACUCCUGAUGAUGUGAUGAUUAAUUGAACGAUCAAAAUUUGUCGAUAGACCCACUUCAUUACUAAUAUAAUAGACUAUAAGUCACUACACUAACCUAAAGACGCUAAGGUACUUCUACAUUACAACCAAUCAAUGGUCUACAAAUCCGUGAAAUAACGCAGAAUUAGUUUCAUACUUUAAAUAUUAUCACCCAACUUUAGGGAACGUGUAUAAAGGUCAUUGAAGGAUCAUAUGAGCGAUGAGAGGCGUCAUCAUUCACUAACGUUUAAGUGUAAAUGCAACAUUCUGAAUGUUUUAUUUGCUGUUACGAAUAGCCAUCGUUACACAGAACUAUCCAGUUUCCAGAUGUGUAGUUUAAAUUGUCCAUUUUAAUGAUUGUUAUCAAGAAUUUUAACGUUGUUAUCCGUAGUUUAAAAUAAAAGAAUUAAGUAAACAUACCUGCUUCAACCUAUAAGACAUUCACAAUGUUGUUCGUGCACCCGAGAGUUCUCUUUGUCCACUUUGGUUACUUAAUUGCUUACAUGGCAUAAACUACCCGACACUCUGAAUAAUUAAGAUUCGGGGCAAAUUUUGAAUAAAACAUAUAU